AUGCUGAAAAAAAAUAAAAUAAAGGACAAUGCGACUACAUAUGGUGAACACGUCGCUAACAAACUUAGGUCUUAUGCAGAUUUUAUUCGUCUAAAUACAGAACACAAAAUUAACUGUAUUCUUCACGAAUCGGAUAUGUUAAUGCUACAACAAAAUAAACAACCUGACUAUCCUUUACAUUUUUCCGGUCCGUCUUCAAGUAAUAAUUCUUUUAUUCCUUUAUAUUCUAUCAGUACAUCCUCAGGAAAUACACUCUCUCCUUUAUUUACUGCAACAUCUUUCACUCCAAAUAAUAAUUUGAGUCCAUUACCCAACUCCGGCAUACCGUUUACACCAACAAAUGAAAGAAAAUAUUCUCUAAAUACACAAGAAAACGCUCCACCAUAUUAUACUAUUAAUUAA